UGAUUUUUUUUGUCACUAAGCACUAAAGUUUUCUUUUGAAAAUAAGUAAAGUUCACCGGGUGAAUUAAUUCGAGUGAUUGAUAUCAUUAUUCCGUUAUUGGAAAGUUUAUUGUUUUUUUUCGCUGAUUUGCUGCUUUUGAAUACAUCUAGGCCGUGGAGUUUGGUUAUCACGAGCGACCUACGACAAUGAUGUCUACACUGCUGGAUCGUCAAUGGCAAUGUUUGUGAAAAAUAUUGCAGUCUCGGUAUUUGGAACCGAUUAUUUAAAAAAACAUAGUGUCAAAGGAAAAGGGUGCAACAAAACUAAAAGUGUACCAAGGCCGGCUAUUGAUUCUACGAAAGCUCUUGCUAUUCGAGACAUUUAUGAAUAUUAUUUGAAAACUGAAAAGAAUAUGCAAGGUUCAGAGUUACAAAACGAGCUGGAUAAUUAUGAAGAUUACAUUCGGCAGAAAAUUUCAGAUCUAAUCCGACCAAAAAGAGUGCCUAAAACGGAUGGAACAAAAGAUUCGAAGAUAGAUAAAAGUGGUAAAGGGAAAGAUGAUCCUACGAAAGAUGAUUCUACCGUUUAUAAAAUUCCUGCGUCUGCAAAUACCUCCACUGUACUCACUGGUCCAAUGAGUCACUCCUCAGCUGAUCAACUCUCUGAGCACCCGACAAAAAAACGAAAUAAAAAAAAAUGCCGGUCAAGCAUGUGACCUCUUCUUCAAGCAGCUCCUCUGGAUCUGCUGAAGACUCAGAAUCUUCUGAAGAUUCAGGAACUUCAUCUGAUGAAAACGCCUCACCAGAUAGAUCAGUCAUGAAGAUCGCAACAGAAGAAUAAUUUUAUUACAUAUACUUUUCAUACCCUAUUCUUAUUUUUUGCUAAUUAUUCUCAAAUUCCUACACUACAAAAUUAUGUUCAACAGUAAUCAAGUAUAAAUUUCAAUAAAAAAUAAAAAACCUU